AUUAAUGUUUAUUUAUUAUCCCUAAAUUCAUUUUUAUUCUCCACAAUUUAUUUGGUCAUUACCUGUAGCCUAUAUACAUACAUAGCCAGCAGCCACAUUGCUCCUACUCAGCUGUUGCCACUUUGAUUCCUUCCUCAAUCCCCCUCUGAUCUUGGUGUUGGAGAUUGAUCAUAUCAAUUAAGGAUUAUUUCCUAAGGUUUCAGGGCGAUUUACCAUAAAUGGGAAUGGCGACGACGAUUGGUCUGAGAGGCUUAUCUUUAUCUAGCUGCUCGCUUCCCCUUCUCCGCAGUUUGAAGACUAAGCCACCCACCUCCUCAUAUCCAACAACAGGAGCUUUCGCUGCUACCACUGGUACAACUAGCACCCUGAAAGCUCUCCUUUUGCCUUAUAGUCUUAUCAUUCUCAGAGGUUGUCCCUCAUUUUGUGUGGCUCCCAACGCUAACGCGGCGGCCACAGCUCCUUCGGAGUCCAAUGGUGAUUACCCCACGGACGACAUCAAGGAUGCAGCCCACCUGCUCGACUUAAGGGUUGGCCGAAUCAUCAAAGCCUGGAGGCAUGAGGAGGCCGAUUCUCUUUACGUGGAAGAGGUGGAUGUAGGCGAGCCUGAGCCCAGAAUCAUCUGCAGCGGCCUUGUUAACAACAUCCCUCUCCACCUCCUCGAGGACGCAAAAGUAGUUGUUUUUGCUAAUCUAAAGCCAAGGAAUAUGCGGGGUGUCAAGUCUUGUGGAAUGCUCAUGGCUGCUUCUGAUGCGUCCCAUCAGAAUGUUGAGCUUCUUGUGCCCCCCGAAGCUUCAGUUCCUGGCGAGAGAAUAUGGUUUGGCACUGAACACGAUAAAGAUAACCUACCUGAUCCUGCCACACCCAACCAGGUUCAAAAGAAAAAGAUUUGGGAAUUGGUGCAGCCUCAUCUUAAGACAGAUGCUUCAUGUACUGCAAUGCUUGGGGAGCACUUGAUGCAGACAUCUGCAGGAGCAGUGGUCUGCAAAUCUCUGAAGAAUGCAAAUAUAUCCUGAUUAGACCCAAUUUCAUGCCCAGCUUCUUCCCAUCUACUUAUGAAUUAAGAUUGAGGAAGAUUGAUGUAACAUUUGCUAUAUUUAUAAGUUAAGAUUUUGUCAGUUGUUUCAAUUUUCUGUGCCCAUGUUCAUGGUUCACUGUAUUGUUUUAUCCUCUUAUGUUCACCAAUGAUUCAAUGGAAGUAUUGAGGUUUCCUCUUGUGGAUUUCAUUUA